AUGAUCCGUCAACGGCACGGCGGCGGCGGCAAAGCGGACGCGACAAGGAGAGCAGCAGAGCCCGGCUCGGAGCAACCCCGCGUCGCCGACGGCAACACAUCACCGACGGACCCGGGCCCGGACCCGGCCAUGGCCGAUGCCGAGAGUGCCCGCGCCUCCUGGACCAGCCCGUCGCACUGGAUCUUCUUCGCCAUUGCCAGCGGCGCCUGUGCCGCCGUCAACGGCGCCUUUGCCAAGCUGACUACGACCAGCCUCACAUCCACCCUCGCCCGCAGCCUGGCCGCGCUCUUCGGCCUCUCCUCCCCCUCGGCCAACAACGCCGUCGAACUCACUGUCCGCGGUAUCUUCUUUGCGCUCAACCUCACCUUUAACGGCAUCAUGUGGACGCUCUUCACCACCGCCCUCGCCAAGGGCACCUCCACCACCCAAGUCUCCAUCAUGAACACGUCCACAAACUUUGUCCUCACCGCCCUGCUCGGUCUCGUCAUCUUCUCCGAGGCCCUGCCGCCCCUGUGGUGGGCCGGCGCCGCCCUGCUCGUCGCCGGCAACGUCGUCAUCGGCUCAAAGGUCGAGCCCGCCAACGACGACCACGACGCCGAUGACGACGACAACCCUCCUGACCGUCGUGGGCACCCGAGUGCCGCCUCUGCCGCCUCGUCCGAGAGCGCUGCCGAGGCUGGGGAAUGGAAACCCCUGCUGCAGAGCGGCAGCCCGAGCGGCGAGACUUCGUACGCCAACUCAGUCGACGAGGACGCGCCCCAUCUGGGAUACCUGUCGAGCGAACCCCUUAGAUAG